GUUCCUGAUUUAAUGAACACAUCGUGAAACUCAAUCACGCUCAUUUCAGUAUAAAUAAGGCGCCAAACGUUGUGGAGAAUCAUUUCAUGAUCUUGGAAUCAGAGACAACACGUACACCAUGUCAGACCAAAGCCGAGUUUUCGUGUGGACCAUGCUGUUAUCUACUUUGUGUCAUCCAAUACAAACAUUUCUGCUGUCUGGAGGCGAUGUUUGUUUCGGGAUAUGCAAUUGCGUUGAAGAGCAGUUAGCGUAUAACUACAUAGAUGAAACCGAAGUAAAACUGGUACGAUGCGAGGAGAGAGAUCUCAGAUCUAUACCAAACUUUGCAAUUCAGAAUCUUCCUACGGCAUUCUAUCCUGGUGGAAAUAACUUUACCGUUGACUUGCAUAGCAAUUAUAUACAAUCUGUUCCUGAUAAAGCGUUUGGAGACCUUCCAAAGCUGUCCAACGUUGACUUCUUCGGAAUUAUUUUGACCAAUAAUUCAAUAUCGUCCGUAAGCGAUUCGGCAUUUCUUGGUCUAGAAAAUACUAAAGUUAUUUUAGAUCUCAGUUUUAAUAAUUUGACGACAAUCCCACAAGCACUGCGUAUUCUAAGAAAUAUCGAAGUGUUAGAAAUAGAAGAAAAUCCGAUUAUGACCUUAGAUGCUUCUAUGAUUCAACACAUCAGUCCCUUGUACCAAUUCAGUUUCAGUUUGACUUUGUAUAAUAGUUGGCCAGUAGAACUCAAUAAUCUCCAUGUAAAAUACGUUAGGUAUAAUGAUUACUCUGGAAAUUCGUUUCAGAAUUUCGAUAUACAUGGCAUCGGUCAACGUGGGAUUGAGUUAAAUAUAGGAGGGACGGACAUUGUAGAUUUAAGUGAUGUGAUUUGUAACAAUCAAAUAAACGUCUCUAAGCUUUGGCUUUGGGGAAAUAGCAAUUUAGAUAUGAGGCCUUUUGAAAGGUGCAGUCAAGGAACGGUCAUGCAAAAUAUUUUGGAAUUGGAGCUUAGUAGCUUUAACCUCGAAAGAAUCCGCAACUUCGUUCACACACUGAAUAAACUAGAAUUGCUCAAUUUUGUAGUUAAUAAUAUCACCGAACUUAAUGCGAACGACUUUCGAGGACUCACAAAGCUAAAAGUAUUGAUUCUUGAUUACAACCGAAUAACAACAAUACAUAUACAUGCAUUCGACACAAACACAAAACUUCGCAAGUUAUAUCUAACCGGUAACAUGUUGACGCAUAUUCCAGAUAGUGUCGUAAAUUUAAAUAUUGAGUUGUUAAUAAUGAAUGCUAUCGAUUGCACAUGCUCCAGUUUGCAAAAUCUGAAACAAGUAAAUGCAACAUUUGCCGAUAGUAUACCCUGCCUUGGCAACAUGCAGUUUGUUAAAUACGCCCUCGCUGCCUGCCCAUGAUAACAUUGUCUACGGAUCGCCAUGUAAUAACAUUUGGAAAUCCUUGACGACAUAUAUUCACAAUGGUUCAAGAAAACGCGGAUAGUAAGAUCCGAUUUU